AAGAAAAAGAAAAGGAAUAAUAGGGUAGUUUUUUGAGAGUGCCGCCGAUCUACUGGGCUUGAUAUCUCGGUGGUAGCUUCAAGUUGAGAAAACCUAGAAGUAGCUCUAUGAGGUCGCGACAAUCACAAUCUUAGAUUCAGAUCAAAUAAAAAAUGUUGCUAACAAUCAGACAGGCGAGGCAGAAAAGUAGAGCCCUCUUCAAUCAUCCCGAAUCCGCCAUUAACAAGAAUACCCUUUUGUUCUAUCUAUUUUACUCCACCAAUACUCCUUUUGCCGCCUCAAAGGCAAUCCCUGCAUACCCACGUCCCUUUUUACCUUCAUCUUCAAAUGUUUUGUCAACUUCAGGAGAAUGGCAGCCGAAAGAUGUUGUUUUAUCAUUUAAGGAGUGGUUCAUGAGCAGAAAAAAUCCAGUUUUUGAUCGGAUCUUUGAGAUAUUACGAACCCAAGAUGAUAUUACAGCUGAUAUAUCAAUGUCUCGACUCAAACUUCGACUCUCCGAGACGUUGAUUCUUGACGUGUUAAACUAUGAGAAAAACAAGGAUGUAUUGUCUUGUUUGAAAUUCUUUGAUUGGGUGGGUCGACAACGGGGUUUUCAUCACACUCGUUGUACUUUUAAUGCCAUUUUCAGGAUUCUAUCAAAGGCCAAGCCAAUGUCUUUGAUGGUUGAAUUCAUGGAUAAGUAUAUGAAGCAAAGAUAUUUCCAUAAAUCUCGGUUUUACAAUACUUUGGUAAUUGGGUAUGCGGUGGCAGGCAAGCCUGAGCUUGCACUCCAAAUGCUUGGUAGAAUGCGGUUUCAGGGUAAUGAUUUGGAUGCAUUUGCUUAUCACGUGUUACUUAAUGCUUUGGUGGAGGAUGGUUUCUAUGAUGGGUUUGAGAUGGUUCUGAAGCAGAUUAAAUUUAGAGGUUUUGAGAAUGCAAUAACACAUGCUAUAUUCGUUAAGUGUCUUUGCCAGCAAACAGAGCUGGAUAGAGCUGAGGAGUAUCUUAGAGGGAUGUUGAGAAAUGGAGGGGUAGGAUUGAGUGAGAUUGUGGUGGCUAAUCUUGUGGAUGCUUUAUGUAAAAGUAAGCAGUUCACAAGAGCUGCAAGUUUGAUGCAGGAUUUUAGAGAGUCUGGUUUGGUUCCAAUGGAACAGGCAUAUAGUGUGUGGAUUAAGGACCUUGCUCAGGCUGGGGAGCUAAGUGAAGCAGUUGAAUUCUUGAAAGGCAAGAAACUGCCUGACGAGUAUGUUCCUGAUGUUUUUCGCUAUAACAGAUUAAUGUCUCGGCUUUUAAGAGAAAACCGGCUAGAGGAGGUUUAUGACUUGUUGAUCGACAUGAAGGAUCAAGAUAUAAUACCUGAUGAUGUCACCAUGAAUGUAACUUUGUGCUUCUUCUGCAAGGUGGGGAUGACAGAUGUUGCCUUGGAGUUAUAUGACUCUAGAGCAGAAUUUGGCCUCUCUAUAAGCUGUAUGACCCAUAACUAUCUUCUAAAUGCUCUAUUAGGUGAAGUAAGUGUUGAUGAAGCGUAUUUUAUGUUGAAGAAUGCCAUUCAACAAGAUCAUUUCCCUGGUACAAGGACAUUUUCUAUUAUUGCUGAUGCUCUUUGCCGAGAGGGGAAGCUUGAUAGAGUGAAAGAGUUGGUUCUUGUUUCUCUGGAACGGAAUUACAUGCCCAGUGACUCAACCUAUAACAAGUUCAUAUCAGCCUUAUGUAGGGCCAACAGGGUGGAAGAUGGAUACUUGGUACAUGAAAAGCUCAGCAGAUUGGAUAAGGUUACUAGCAAGACUACUUAUUUUCACUUGAUUAGUGGCUUUAACAAGUCAAGUAGGGGAGAUAUUGCAGCAAGAUUGUUAAUAGAAAUGCAAGAAAAUGGUCAUAGACCAGGCCGGCGAUUAUACAGGGCGGUUAUUUGCUGUUUAUGUCAAAUGGAGGAUCCAGAGAAGCUAUUUUACAGUUUAUUAGAGAUUCAGUUGUCUCGGCAUGAAUCUAGCUGCCUUGUUUAUAAUUACUUCAUUGAUGGAGCUGGUCAUGCUGGAAAACCUGAGCUGUCCAAAGAUGUAUAUGAAAUGAUGAAGAGAAACGGUAUCACACCAAAUUUUGAGUCUGACAUUUUAAUGUUGCACAGUUACUUAAAAGCUGGAAAAAUUGCUGAUGCCUUAAAUUACUUUCGCGACUUGUCCAAUAGAAGAGGUCUAGGAAGAAAACUAUGGAACACCAUGAUUAUUGGGCUUUGUAAAGCUAACAAGCCUGAAAAUGCAUGGAACAUGUUCUGGGAGAUGAGGUCAACUCAUUUGAGGCCAAGUAUAGAAUGUUAUGAGGAACUUGUUAAAUUGAUUUGCUUAUGGAGAGAUUAUUAUAAGGCUAUUCUUCUGGUUGAAGACUUGAUGCAAGAUGGUCGUCAGGUUUCAUCCUUUAUUGGCAAUGUACUUUUGUUACACUCGUUGCAAGCUCAUGGAGUCUUUAAUGCUUGGAUGCACUCACGAGACUUGCGUAAUACGAAGGAACAUAGCUUAGCUCUAGGCAAUCUGAUCAAGACUUUCUCUGGUGGUUGUAAGCUGGAGAGUGAUAUUUUGCAAAUUGAAGAACUGAUUCGACAAUGUUUUCCUCUUGACAUCUACACUUACAAUUUGUUGUUGAGAAAACUAUCCAUAAGCGAAAUGGAUCUUGCUUGCAAUUACUUUGAGAGAUUAUGCAAGAAAGGAUAUGAGCCAAAUCGAUGGACUUACAAUAUUUUAGUUCAAGGUUUCUUAAGAGUUGGCCGGUCUUCUGAGGCUAGAAGAUGGAUGGAAGAAAUGUUCAGUAAAGGUUUUGAUCUGACUGAGGCUACGAAGAAAUUUCUUUAUACUAUUGAUGAAUCUCAUUCAAGAUGUAAUGGGGUUCCUCAUUCAGUGUGGCCUAGUGAGGAGAAGAACCAUGAGGUCUCACAUUCAAAUUCCAGCGGAGACAAAUACUAGGUGAUUUCUUCCCAUUUGUCUAAGCUCAAGUGGACAGAGAGGUAUCCAUGGACUGAUGGAAGUAGUCGAGGUUUGUCUGCUUGGCUGUGAUUGUUGAUGUGGCUGUCUGAAAGUAAGCUGGUGGCACAUGAACCUUAGUGCAUUUGAAGAUGGAGUACUAUUGGUAUUGGUUGUCCUGAUUCCUUCAGAGUUAUGGGACUGGGCUGGAAACGUUCUCUGGAUUUAAUGCAUGGGUCAGUGAAGUAGCCAUUAUAACGGAUGCCAUGUCCUGUGCUCUGAGUGAAUCUUAAAGGUAGAGAAGCAGUAGCAGGAAGAUGGAGAAAAGCCUCAACGGUGUGAUGCAAACUGAUUAACAAGCUUACUUGCUUCAGUGCCGUUUUUUCUUUCAUUACUACUUUGAUUUGCUUCACUUGAGCCGAGGUUCUUUCAGAAACAAUCUCUCUAUCUCCAAGAAGUAGAGCAGGCCCGGAUGAUAACGAAGCUUCUGUUAGGUGGCCCGACAAAGGAGAGAGGACCCACAAAACUAGAAAGACAACUGCUCUACUUCUAUACAUUUCACCUUUCUUGAAGUAGUCGACAUUCAAUGUGGAAGGUGUCUUGGUACAUGUAAAUGUCAUCUGGACCAAAGGCACUAGUGCAUUGCUAUUAGUUUCAGCUAUUUUUACGUCUUGAGGUCAUCAUCAACUUCAUGGCAAGCAACCAAAUAAAUUUAGGGGUGCUGCUCCUAGUAGUUCUUGACCGUGCUUCGACCUGGAACAAUCAUUUAUUGCUUAGGCCUUUCAGUCUUUCUCUGCUGCUUUUAAUUAGCCGUCGGGGAAUACUUGAGUGUUUAGCCUGCGGAAGCUUGACACACCACACGUCUUCCAUGUGGGCUGUUGUUUUGAUGAACUACUCUUCUUGGAGUAUUUCCUUGCUAUUAAAAAGAUGAGUUAAUUUGAUAUCUCUUCUGUCAUAGAAGACUUACUAUUUAUUGCAGCAGAUUGGAUGUUUCUUUGUGCUUUUGGGUCUGGGAAUCUCACUUUUAUCAUGAAGAUGAAGAUACAUCAGGGAUGACUUGCAACUGAGAGAGCUGACUCGUACAUUGUCCCACCUUGUAUGGUUAAUACAUCCCACAAGGCUUUUUGUACUGUUGGCAUUAAAAUUAGUUCAUUCUUUGUUAGUACUAAAGUGGGAUGUUUGAGCUGGCUGAUGGCCUAGAAUUUCUUAGGCAACUCGCAUUCCCUGCUUUAUUUAUUUUGUAAUUUGAUUAUAAAUUACAGGGAAAAGGGCUAAAUGUAUCCCUGAAUUAUUCAAAAUUGGUCAGUUUUAUUCUCCGUUACA